AUGUCCCAGCCGAGGGUGUCUGCGUACACUUUGAUGCCGCCUUCCUUGCUACCACCCCUGCCACUUUACGAAGAUGUGACCUCUGACAUAUCACCGCCAAGAUUUGUGGAGGUGCCCGCCAGUCCAAACAAUGCGACACUGACCUCCAUCAUACCUCCACUGCAACUAGCUGUACUUAACGACCCCGCAUGCAACCUAGUACCGGAAGGGCCUCCACCCAUCUAUACCUCUUUUUCGGGUCCCGCUACUGAGCAAGCAGAACCAGAGCAAUCCAUCGAUGAUAUUUUAUGA